CCGGAUGGUAGCUGGAGAGAUCUUCAGGGUCAAGUGUUGGCUAUAGUUGAUGACUGGGUGAACUACUGCAUUUUCCAAGGAGUUUGAGAUUGGCUUCAGGCAAUGGCCACUUUGGUGAGGACAUUCCCAGUUGCUCUGUUGACUCCAACACCCACUUUCCAGCUGACAGCAAAUACCACCAGCGAUGGAGAGGAGAAUUGCGUCUUCAAUGAGGAGUUUAAGUUCAUUCUGCUGCCUGUGUCCUAUGGGCUUGUCUCUGUGGUGGGGCUGCUGCUCAAUUCCUGGGCCUUGUGGAUGUUCAUCUGCAAGAUGAGGCCCUGGAAUGCCACCACCACCUACAUGUUCAAUCUGGCCCUCUCAGACACCCUGUACGUGCUUUCCCUCCCCACCCUGGUCUAUUACUAUGCUGACCGCAACAACUGGCCCUUUGGGGAGGGACUCUGCAAGAUUGUGCGCUUCCUCUUCUAUGCCAAUCUGUACUGUAGCAUACUCUUCCUCACCUGCAUCAGCGUGCACCGCUACUUGGGGAUCUGCCACCCCAUUCAGUCGCUCGGGUGGGUGAAGACCAAGCAUGCCCGCCUCAUCUGUGUGGGUGUGUGGUUCAUUGUCACCAUCUGCCUCAUACCCAACCUGAUCUUUGUCACCACCAGCUCCAGGGGCAACGACACCCUUUGCCACGACACCACCAAGCCCGAAGAGUUUGACCACUAUGUGCACUACAGCUCCUCAGUCAUGACCCUCCUCUUUGGCAUCCCCUUUCUGGUGAUCGUUGUGUGCUACAGCCUGAUGGCGAAGAGGCUUUGGAAACCCAGCCUAUCCAGCUCCAACCAGAACAUCCCCUUCUACAAGAAACGCUCUAUCAAGAUUAUCAUCAUUGUAAUCACAGUCUUCGCCAUCUGCUUCCUACCCUUCCACAUCACACGGACAUUGUACUAUACUGCCCGGCUCUUCCAAGCCAACUGCCGGACCCUCAACAUCGUCAACUUCACCUACAAGAUCACACGGCCUCUGGCCAGCAUCAACAGCUGCAUAGACCCCAUCCUGUACUUCCUGGCUGGGGAUAAAUACAGGGGAAGGCUGCGUCGGGCUGCAAUCAAAAUGCCCAAUGCCGAGAACACAUCUACUCUAGCCCUCGUCUCACAACUCAAGAAGAACGGCUUCUCUACCUCCCGAGGUGCCAGCUACUCCAUAAAUGAUGCCUGAGAAAAGGGGGGUGAAAGUGACCGACAAUGGAAGCAGCGAGGGGUAUUGAAAGGGCUAGAGCCUGGGGAGCCAGUAUGCAUCAAGGCCAACAUGUGGGACCAGCUUUAGGGAAGGCAAUAGAGUUGCUGGAUUAGUCUCACUCCAGAAUGGAGGUCUCCUCCAUCUCCUCCUAAUCUCUGUGAAUUAUUUCCCCACUGGUGCUGUGUCUGCUUCUGACACAAUCAUUCUGGCACCAGGUUUAACCUCUGAAUGCUUUUGAACUAGGUUUACACUCCCAUGCUCAGAGAAUGCUCCACCCCUCUCACACAGACUGAACAUCUAUCUCAGAGCCAGGGAUAUUCCCUGUCUUGUCAUAGCUUGGGAGGACCACCCGGAGUAACGCCAAUGGGAGUUCAGAGAGAAGAGACCCCUACAUCCCAUAGGGAAAUGGGGGAGGCCAGAGGGAUUGUCUUAUGAAGAGUACUAGAGACUCACAGGUAGCGAAUUCCCUGCUUCAGAUGCAAGUGGGGGCAGAGCAGUGGGAAGGGAGGGGACAUGGUGACACUUCGCUGGUCAGAAGCCUAGGAACCUAGAAGCCCCAGUGCCUGAGGCUGAGAGCAAAGAGAUGGAGGAUUUUACCAUAGGAAAGGAGCCAGUAAUUGACCACAGGCCACAAAACUGGCCUCCUGAUUUCUUUUGGGAGAAGCCCAAGUAGGCUGUUUCAAGUAGCCUGGGGCCCUGGGCUGCUGACAAGGGAAGAUCACAGCCUAGCGUGUGCGGUACAGUGCUAGGGAGCUGAGGACUUAGAAUAGGGCAUGCUGGGUCUAAUGAUAUGCUAUGUACGGGGGACCAGGUAAGAAGAAAGGAGCCUGUCUUCCCAGGCACAGAAAACCCAUAUAGAGCUUCCUUCAAAGUGACCCAGAGACAAUAAAUAGGGACAACGCUUAUAAAGAAGAAUAUUUAGCACAUUAUAAACAGUAACUAAGUGACCUAAUGGGGUCAACACUAGGUCAAAGCGUGCGGGAGGGGAGAUAGAGGGGAGCUCCCGCAGCUAGGAGUCGAGGUGCAGCAUAUGCUAUUGAGGACAACACGAGGGUCAGACAGAGAAGGGGAGAAGAAAUAACUGACCUGGAUUCCUGGGCCCAGUGGCCUGACCUUUUGCUGGCCAUAGUUUCAGCAGUAGGGGGGAGUCUGUCAUGUCAGGAAUCUUUCCUGACCAUGCUCAGACGACGCUAUGUCAUGGCCUGAGUCAGUAUUUGUUCGGAGCAGUGGCUGCCAUGCCAGCUGCGAACUCCCUGCUGGCAGAAGGGUAUCUCCUGGAUUACUGAUAUCUGAUGAAGUGAGCUGUGGCUCACGAAAGCUCAUGCUCAAAUAAAUUGGUUAGUCUCUAAGGUGCCACAAGUACUCCUUUUCUUUUUGCGAAUACAGACUAACACGGCUGUUCCUCUGAAACCUGACUUCACCUCAUUUGCCUUACUUCCCUUUUGCUGCUCUAAGCUGGGGGAAACUGAGUCUGGAUCAAAAGCAAAAGUAGCUGAGCUGCUCUGGACGGUGCAGGCACCACGCCAAGAGGCAGCCAGGGCUGGCAAGGGAGCAGUUUCAGGGCACUGGUUCUAGCAAUGCAGAAGAGAGACUGGGGCUGGCUCUGGCAGGAUGCAGGUGACGGGGUAGUGAUGCAUACAGAGUUAAAGCCUGAGCAGUGGCCAUGGAACCGUGUGUGUAUUGUAGAUGCUGUUACACGUCUCUGUCCCUUUGUGUUCGGGAGGGCAUGACUCGCCAUAUAACUAACAGAGAAGGCACCACAGCACCUUUGCUCCCCCCUCUCCUAGCUCCAGGUGGCUGGAGGAUGGGCAGAGCCCCCAGGGCAAUGAAGCCCAUGAAAGCAACUAAUUGAUCCAUGAAUAAAAUGUUUUCCUGAGCAAUUUUCCUAAGGCCCAGGACUGUUUCCCUCCCUGUUGCCACCAGGAAAUCAAUAAACAGGAGAGAACUGGCAUGCAUGAGAAUCUUUUAAAUGGCUCAUUGAAGGUCCAUUUGGCUCAGCCAAGCUGUGAAGUGUCCAUUGCUGAAAGCUGAGAAAGGAAGAAAUGCUAAGUGACACGUCUGCCUGGGCUCAGUGGCUUGGCACAUUUCCUUAGGGCCUCAGGAGAGUUCAGAGUCAGUUUCACCCCUCAGGACUCCUGGAAAUGGCCAGAGUGAGUUUUCCACUGCAGUCAGAGUGGGGAAAUAACCAAGGGCACACAUGCUACCUCCUGAUAGGUCUUGUAAAGGGGAAGGGUAGCGGAGGGGAAGGCCCAGGUGGUUUCCCAGGGCCCCUAAAGAAGGUCUUAGAUGAUUUGUGAGGUUGGUAUUGUACCAAAUGGAGACUCCAAACUCAGCAUGUUUUGCACCUAUAUUUCUCCUGCUGGGGAAAUUUCCCCAGUCCCUUUAGGUCUGCACUUAGUGGGCUCAAGUAUUCAAAUAAAAAGGUUUGAGCCUCAAGCAGAAAGGCCUGUGGUAGGAAGGGGGCAUUUUCCCUCCUUUUUGCUAAUUCUUCCCACCAGCUCAUACCUGAAAUGGCUUUCACACACCCCAGCACCAUCCACCCCCCCCACGCACCAUGUCUCAGUGCCUCUCCCACAAAUGAGAAUGGGCUUGUUUACACAGGUUCCGGCAUUUCAGCCUCUGAAAGGUGCCCCUUAGAUUCUGGUUUCUCCCCUACUUCAUGAUGAGAAUCAAGGGGCAGGAAAGAGUCACCACUUUAUGUUCCAUUUUUCUCUGCCAGAUAUUAGUUAAACUCCAACAAACAUUUCUAAAGCCAGUGAAAAGCUUCCCCCCCAACCCAAUAAGUCCCUAGUAUGACCUGACCUGGCACCUCUGCUGACUAGGGCAUGUGGGUUUGCUUUUCAUAUUAGCAUUUCUGCAGGGAAGCCAGGAAAUUGGGAGUGUAAAGAACUUUCUGUUAUAGUGCCUCUAAGUAAACAAGCUCUUCAGAAUGUUUCCUUUCGUGGUGUUUGCUUUUGAAACGUUUGCACAGCUCUGUUGUUUAAUUGUGUGGGCAUACGGGUAGUAUCUGCAAGGCAGCAUACAGGUGAGUGUGUGAAGUGUGAUGCUGGAGGAUACUAACAUAUUAGGGUGUAAUGAAUUAGGUAUUCCACAUUCUAGAAUUCAUGAGCCCAGCCUGCCUUCUGUGGGGAGCAGAGCUGGGGCAGGAAGGGAGACAUGCACAGGGGGAGGACCAUCUCUGCCUAUGGAAAUCUGAGGGGGGAGCUGCAAAGCAACCUGUUUGUCCUCCCCACAGGAUUGUGUUCACAUGACUCAGCCUGGCCUCAUGGGUGAUCUUUGCUUUCAAUGCUGCUGUCAUCUACACCCAGGAAACAGCUCACCAGGGUGCCCUGGCCUGGGCCCAGCACUAGGCACUACCCCAUCACCAGCUUUUCCUACAGCGAAGCGAAAGCUUUAAGCUAACAGAGGGUCUUGUGCCAUUACCUUCUCUGCUUGCAGAGGCUGGAGGGUCAGGUGCAGAAGCUGCCCUCUACCCCUGAAUACACUCUGAGGCCAGAAACAAAUUUCCUAGCAGGGUGCUCUGCACCAGGUGCUGUCGUCUCCACCUCAGAGGCGGCUGCAUUUCAGUGGGGCUGUGGGCAUGCAAAUUGCUUUGGGAGCUUUGGAAAUGGAGGAAAUUAUUACCAUGGUUUCAGCCCUGUUUCUUCACAGACUCCAUGGAAAGCAGUACCUGCCUGUGCGGUGCCCCUGAUCUGCAUCCUCCAGGUUUAGUACCAGCAUGUCCCACGAGCGGGGCUAAUCCAUGCACUACUUUGCCUCUGAUACUGCAGUGCGGGUGGCCUCAGACAUUCCCCAUUCGGGGGCCCUCAGCAGCUGCUCCAGCAGGCAUCAGGCUGAGGCUUUGCUCACAAGUGAUGGCAGUAGUCGAGCAGCUUUUGUUCCAUGGAGUUGAGCUCCUCAGGGAGGUUAAUCCCAGCCUUAAUGCUGGGCUUUCUCCACACUGGUACCAGCUGCCUGACAUUACUCACUGGGCUUGGAAAAAAAACACAGUAAGCCCUGGGACCUGAGCUAAGCGCCAGGGGCUGGGUGCAGAAGCUACCCAGUUACACACAGCUAUGGGGAGCUACCCAGUUACAUUCCCCUGGCAUCCUUAGAAUCUUCUCACCACAAAGAGCCUAGAGCUAGGCCAGGACCCUCCACUCAGUGCUCCCAUAAGGUGUCACAGCCCCCCCAUUCUGGGCCUCCAGGCAUGGCAGCAGAGCACAGCUGAGAGCCACUGAGGUAGCUCAGAGCAGAAUUACAGGGUCCCAGGCAAUUGAAAAGGAGCCCAACAAUAGAAGCUGUGACCACAGGAGCAACCCUGCCAUCCCAUGGGCUUGACAAGGGCUAAGGACUUCCUCCUCCUUUUUCCCCUUAAGCUACUCCAUGCACAGGGGCUUGUGACAGACCCUUUGUCAUUUGUACAGUGGGAGCAGCAGGCUAGCAGCCCCCUCAACCAGCACAGGAAGGGCCUGCAGGGGGAGCCACGUUCACUGCUCAAGAGCAUGGUCUUCAGCAGUGAAUGGCUAGUGCAGUCCUUUGGGAUGUCCUAUUGAAUCCUUGGAACAACAUGUAGAGGCCUCCCUUCUCCAAAGAACAAUGAGGCGUGUUUGAAAGCCCUUAGGAGUGUGUGCUCUACGCUUGUGCAUGGAGGGGUAUAUGUAUCUGUGUACAUAUACCUUCACAUGUGUAAGGAGCAGUGUGUGUUUGUGCGCAUGUCUGGGCAUGGAGGGGGAUGUCCAGGCACAUGCAUGGUUAUGUUCUUGGCAUGUAUGUAUGUAUGUGUAUGGACUACCGCAUGGCACUUCCCCACCUGCAGAAUUGCCUCCUUCUCACACAACGUGGUCCAUGUCAGUAUGAUAUUUAUACAAAUGUAUUCAACACAGAAUCAUCGAGGUGAGCGAUGGACAAGCCCCAUUAGAUUGCCCCAUCCAGCCCUGGAGCCAAAGCAGGAUUGGCCUCUACAGCACAGUCCAGACCUACUGUUUUGUCAGACCCAGCCUGAAAUGCCCCAUG